UAAUGUAAAAAUAUAAAUGUUAAGGUAUAUUAUUUAGAAAUUAUUGUAAAAUGAUUAUCUACUAAAUUCAUUAAUCAAAUCUGACAUGUGUGAAGGUAGCUGUAACCCAACACCUGCACUGACAGUGGCAUAUCAUAUUCACUUAGCAUUUACUGAUUUAUGGGAACUGUAAUUGUUUGCACUAAAUUUUUAAUAAAUAGAUUGGCAUAUAUGUAAUACUACAUAUUAAAGGAAAAUAUUAAUCAAAAAUCAAUGAAUAAAUACAUGAAAUGACUUACGAAUAAUUCUGUGGAGUAUAGAACAAUAAGCUAUGGAAAAUAAUAUAGGAUGACAGUUCAAACAUAGUGAGAUAUUUACAUAUGCAAUUAACGGCUGGAUAUAAUUAUUCCAGAGUAUAAAUGAGAGGUAUAAAGGGAACAGAGUUAAGAAUUGGAGUUUCAUUUCUGCAUUGACAUUAGUAAAUAUGUGGCUGAUUUUAAAAGCAGUACCAAGCAUUUUGUAAUUAUAAAAGUGUAUUUACUCCUGUUUUCACUUCUUUUCACAAUCUAAAUAUGUUUUCUAUGGUAUUCGACUUAAGAAAAACUUUAGAGGAUAUUAUAGUUGAAUAUAUUGAUCUGGAUUUUACACUUUGGUUAUCAUGGCUUUUGAUGCCACUUCUGAUAACAUUUUUACUACCACUUGUGAUUGUUGUAUUACUAUACCUGACAGCAUUGAUCUUGUAUGUAUAUAAGUUACAUAGAGGCACACUAAGAAAUGCGUAUGGAACUGAUUGGAGAAAUGCAGCUCGCAAUGUGGUAGCUGCAGUUUGGGAUGCUCAUGGCUGGAUAUGGUAUGGGUAUGAAGUUGUUGGAUUGGAGAAUAUACCAAAAGAUGAACCAGUACUUUUUGUAUAUUACCAUGGAGCAAUCCCAAUAGACCUUUAUUAUUUUAUAUCAAAAGUUUUACUUUUAAAUUCAAAAUUAAUUCAUACAGUAGCAGAUAGAUUUCUCUUUAAAUGUCCUGGAUGGUCCAUAAUUUCUGAUGUACUAAAAGUCAUUCCUGGUACUAUACAAACAUGUUCUAACAUUUUAAAAGAAGGAAACAUGCUUGCUAUCUCACCAGGAGGUGUCUAUGAAGCUCAGUUUGGAGACUCUUAUUAUGAAUUGAUGUGGAAGAAACGAGUAGGUUUUGCAAAAGUUGCACUAGACGCCAAAGUGUGCAUUAUACCUUUAUUUACAAAAAAUGUUAGAGAAGCAUUUAGAACCAUAAGUUUGGGUAGGAGAAUGUGGUUGAGAAUAUACGCUGCAACAAGAUUUCCUUUUGUACCUAUUUACGGAGGAUUUCCGGUUAAAUUAACAACAUAUGUUGGCAAACCAAUCCCGUAUGACGCCAGUCUUACACCAGAGGAGUUACAGUUGAAGGUUGCUGAUGCACUUAAUGAUUUAAUAAAAGAACAUCAGAGAAUACCUGGAAAUAUAUCACUGGCUUUGUUGGAAAGAAUACGCGAUGUAGAUAAAAAGAAAUCAUAGAUUCUUAUUUACUUCAGUAUUAUCUCUCUAAGUUAUACCAUAUGACGCGGAAAUGCAUUUAAAAAUUGUUAUACCAUUUUUAAGGUUCCAAACUUUAUAUUUUUUAACUACGGUGCUAGCUAAUCAUUUUAUAUUAAUUAUCGAUAACGUUCUGUUUUCAUUUUAAGUUACGUUUGUAUAGGCUACAUGGUAUUAACUUACACCGGUGAAAUUGCGUAAUACUUAUUUUUAAAGUAUAAGAAUUUAUUUAUCUAUUUAACUGUUAAAUAGGUGUUUUACAAAUUCUGCUUUAACUCAUGAUACAAAGUACUGGAUUAAUGUACUCGAAUUUAGAUCAAUUUUGAACAUAUUGUAAGUAAUAUAUACAUAUACAUAUAUAUUUAUAAUUUAUAACUAUAUGAUCCACGGGACCUUUUAUAGAAAUUUAUUUAUUUAUUUCAAAAAUGUUUUCUGUUGUUUACUUAUGUGGUGAAGUUGUGAUCUGUCUACAAUUCCAUACAGUGUCGCAUAUUGUACUUAACUUAAUUAUACUUUUUAUUAAUUUUAUACGAUAAAACGAUAAUAAAACGUAUAAAAAUAAGUUUUGUAAACGUUCAUUUAAUUCAUUUGUUGAAACAAGUAAGGUAGUUUCCCGAGAACUGUUUAAAGGGAGCAAAAUAGAGCGUGAACAGAGGAACGCAUUUUAAAUUUGCCACAAUCGGAAAUAUUGACAUUGAUCGCAGUAUGUUAACCGGAAGUAAUGAGACAGCAGAGAACCUACCGGCGGCUUUUUCAGUUAAAAUUUCUUUCCCGAGGGUAUCUGUGGAUACAUUGUUAUAUUCAACGAACAGCAUUGGACUGGCAUCGUUUUUUUACAGCCACAAGGACCACGUUUAUGUGAAUUCUACUUACCGGUACAAACCGCCCGGCUUUUCGUAACUAAAUUUACUCGCCUCUUCACAGAGGAACUAAUUUCAGUGGC